AUGGCCUAUCAAAAGAAAUUCUACGACAAAACCGCCAGUGAAGAAACAGAACAUGAAGAUGCACCUAUGGUAUCCCCAGUGGCCAUUCCCUUCGAUCUCUCCCUCUUCUACGAACCCAUGAAUAAUUCAACCUUAACCCCAGCCAUGCGCGAACAAAUAAAUCGUCAAGAAGCUGCUGGGAUACUCACCGGAGGACUAGGUGCUGGUUUUACACCCGAUACCACAAUAACCAGUACGGAUCUCAUGGCCGAAUCAUCACAAUCUUCUACCACGACUUCACGUCUCUCUCGACGACUUACACUUCGAAAUGCUAGAUUGAGUAGAGCACUUACACUCAAAGACCUAGCACAAAACGAAGCAAAUAGACGAGGCGAGGUAAUCGAAGUAAUAGUCCAAGAACCCAUUUCCGCACCCAUGGAUAUAAGUUCCUUCGCAGGCCAUACUAUAGGAACACCUCACCCAAAUUUCGAUUUCAAAAGUAUGGAUUCCCUACCCCUAAGUAUCAACAAAAAAGGCACCUUCAAAUCUACCAAUAUCGAAGUAUUCUACCCCCAAGCAGAUUGGAAACCUCUUUCAAUGCGAGCACCCUACCUCACAGCCCUCAUAAUAAUCUCCAUCGUCCUCGGAGCCGCCGAAGAAUACCUAUACCAAAAAUCACUCAAGAAACCUUUAUAUUCAUUUACAUCCCCCUCCUUGAUGAAAACAUGGGAUUAUUUUUGUUUCAAAUAUUUACCCACUCUCGUCGCCGUUACCUUUGGUGUAUUAUGGCAAAUCACCGAUUUUGAAGUUAAGCGAUUGGAAGCCUAUUAUCAACUUUCGCGAGAAGGAGGUGCGUUGGCCGCGGAAUCCAUAAAUGUGGAUUAUAUUACUUUUUUUAAUGUCUUGCGUCCUUUUCGAGCACUGCUUUUUAAACAUUAUGCAGUAGCUGUUUCGUCGAUAGCGACUCUAAUGGCUGUAUCAUUGGUACCAACUUUACAAUCCGCAAGCAUGAUUCUAAUACCUAGUCGCGCGGAACGAAAGGCCAAUCCAGGAGUAAUGAAGGGAAUAGUGAUUUCAGGGCCCUGGUCCCGAUUGUUAAGUUUGACACUCUGGCUCUGUGCCAUAUUCGGAUGUAUACUACUCUGGCAACUGGAGCGCAGACCCUCGGGCUUAGUCGCCGAUGUAAAAGGAGUAGCAGGCAUAGCCGCCAUGGCAAAUCGCAGUCACAUACUUAUGGAUUUCAAAGAUAUGGAUACGGCGACUCCGGAUAUGAUUCAUCAAAAAUUGAAAGCACAUCGUUAUACGCUUCGAAAUUCGUCGUUGGCACCGGAAGAUAGUAUCAUACUCACUCAAGCCGAUAAAGAUAAAUACGAUUCCCAUCAACAUCACGAUGAAAAUCCUCAUCCAUUAUUUCUUCGUCCCAUCGCCGGAAUCCCCUUUGUAAUCGGCAUGUUCCUCUUUACAAUUCUCAUCCCUAUCAUUCUCUUCACCCCCGCAAACAUCAUCACAGAUAAAGCACCCUGGCUCCUAACCCUCGGCGCCGUAUCCAUCAAACUCAGCUGGGGUAGUCUCGAAACCGCCAUCCGCAUGAUCGAACCAUUCUACAUCCUCUCUUUGCGCCAUGCCUCCCCCACCGCUCUAACCCUCGACUACACAGCCAUGGCCUUCGGCUGGCUCCCCAUCCGCGCCUUCCUCAAUGGCCACUACCUCGUCGCAACCGUAGGCUUAGGAUCUGUUCUUGCGGAAAUCCUCACCGUCUGCGUCACAUCCUUUAGCACCGUCACCGGAACCGAUUUCACAUCCGCUCUAUCCCGCUCCGGAACCUCCAAAUCCCACCAUCUCUCAAACUCAACCUCAACCAUCACCUCAGGAGAAGAAACCUACAUAUCCUUCUGGGCAUCUUUCUUCCUCGCCCUCUUCAUCCUCCUCUCUCUCACCAUCAUAUCAAUCAUCUCAUACACACGACGCCGUCAUGCAUUUCUCCCUCGUCAACCAUCCAGUAUCGCUAGUAUUCUCGCAUUUAUAUAUCAAUCAAAGAUGUUGUAUGAUUUUGUCGGAACGGAGAAAUUAAAUAAUAGGGAGAUGGAGGAGAGACUGGUGGGGAUUGGGAAGAGUUAUGGGUUAGGUUGGUUUAAGGGGAGGGAUGGGGAAAUGCAUUGUGGUGUUGAUGAGGAGGAGUUGAGUGGGGGGUAUUUGCAUGGGAGGGAUAAGAAGGCGGAGGGGUUGCCGUGGACUUCGAAUUGGCAGGAUUAUUAG